CUCUGAAACCAUAAUCCAUUUUCUAAUUAAAGCUUUUUCUCUUUUUUUAAAAUAUUGGUUCUUGCAUUGAGUGGGAUUAUUUCUUGCAUAGAAAAUGGAAAAUUCUCAGCAACAACAAAAGCCAAAAUGGGAAGGCAGAACAACCGCAGAAGUAGUAGGAUUCAAAGCAGAACAAGUUUGGCCACUUCUAGAAGAUUUCUGUGGCCUUCACAAAUGGUUUCCAACUCUCACAACCUGUCUACCUGUGGAAGGCAUUUGUGGGCAACCUGGUUGUGUACGUUUCUGUGCUGGUUUCAACACUCCAGUGAAUUGUGAUGGAGACAAAGUGAGAGUGAAUUGGACUAAGCAGAAACUUUUGGCCAUUGACAGGACCAAGCUCACCUUCACUUAUUCAAUUGUAGAUGGGAAUGUCGGAUUCAAUUCGUAUAUUUCGACGGUUAAAGUGAUAACAAAAGGGGAAGAUGGAUGCAGCCUAGAAUGGAGCUAUGAAGUUGAACCAGUGGAAGGCUGGACACUCAAGGAUUUGGACUUUUUUAUUGGGACAGGUCUGCAAGUCAUGGCUACCAGAAUGGAAGAAGCUCUUAAGGACUACUGUAAAAUCACUCAACAAUAAAAGCGCUUAUAAUAUUUCGUUCAAAAAUAUAAAAUAAAAUUAAGCAACUAUAUGCUCUAGGCCUCUAGCUACUAUUUGGUUGGCCUUUUUCUUGUUUCUGCUACUUCUUUUGCUGUGAUUCUGAUCGUUUGGCAAAGCACCUGCAUUGGGUUUUAUCAACUCAACUGGUAAAUUUGUUGUUCAAUGUAUGUUUCAACAAUUGAGUGCAAGCAUAUUUAUAUUUAUA